AGCAUCAGCAUGGUGUUGCCCAUCAAUACGACGACGUCUCUCGUCCGCGGCGGAGGCACAACGGCGAUCGAUACGGCAUCCUGUUCGCAGGUUUAGGUGUUGAUCUCCCCUCCGCCCAGUCCUCUACCGCAAUUUGCGGCAGGGGUCAGUCUACAUGGGGGAUUCUGACGCCAGCUCCAGGUCGAAGAGAGCAGCCGCGCGUCUCUGCUCCAUCUGCAACCAAAGGCAGGCUGCCCUUAAACGACCUAAAACUCUGCAGCAGAUUUGUAAGGAAUGCUUCUACAUUGUUUUUGAAGACGAGAUACAUAAAGUUAUUAUGGAUAACAACCUAUUUAGACGUGGUGAGCGUGUUGCAGUUGCAGCUUCUGGAGGAAAAGAUUCAACUGUUCUUGCAUAUGUUAUGUCACAGUUGAAUCGCCGACACAACUAUGGAUUAGAUCUCUUCCUUUUAUCUGUUGAUGAAGGCAUUACAGGUUACAGAGAUGAUUCACUUGAAACAGUUAAAAGAAAUGAAAUUGAGUAUGGAUUGCCCCUGAAGGUGGUUUCUUACAAAGAUCUGUAUGGUUGGACAAUGGAUGAGAUAGUGAAGGCAAUAGGCUUAAAAAACAACUGUACUUUUUGUGGAGUAUUUCGUCGUCAGGCUCUAGAUCGAGGUGCUGCAUUAAUGAAAGCAGAUAAAAUUGUUACUGGCCAUAAUGCAGAUGAUAUUGCUGAGACUGUUCUAUUGAAUAUUUUGCGGGGUGAUAUUGCUAGGUUGAGUAGGUGUACAAUCAUUACUACAGGGGAAGAUGGCCCUAUUCCGAGAUGCAAGCCCUUCAAAUACACUUAUGAGAAAGAAAUUGUUAUGUAUGCAUACUUCAAGAAGCUGGAUUAUUUCUCCACCGAAUGCAUUUACUCACCUAAUGCAUAUCGUGGGUUUGCUCGUGAAUUUAUCAAGGACUUGGAAAGAAUAAGGCCUAGAGCUAUACUUGACAUUAUUAGAUCAGGUGAGAAUUUUCGAAUUGCAACAUCCACCAAGUUGCCAGAGCAAGGAACCUGCGAACGUUGUGGUUAUAUUUCUAGCCAAAAGCUGUGCAAAGCAUGUAUGCUGCUUGAGGGAUUGAAUCGUGGUCUCCCAAAACUUGGUAUCGGAAGAACAAGAGGCAACAAUGAUCUGAAGAAGCAACGGGAGCACGGAAAUUCUGUUCCAAAAAUUACUGAUUCCAACUUACAGAGCAAACAAUGCGGGUCUCUUGACUUCUGAGCAACUAUGGCAGAUUCCUAACUCCUCAUUUUGGAGUAGCAAGUCACUGGUCAUUAUUGAAAAGCAUCUAAACUCAAGAUCUUGUUCACGCUAUGGCACCAGCAUUUCAUCUGUUCCUUAUGGGAGCUGAUCGAUAUUUUCUAUAGAAAAGUGGAAAUGAGUUUGGAUAUUGAGAAGUUAUAGGGAAGAAGUGAUCUAGCAAAUGAAUGAAUAACUGUUGCUUCAGCUGAUACGAGACUAAAUUGGGGUGUCAGAUUGUCACAAUUCCCCGAAUAGAAGUAUUCUAUUAACUUAGCAAAGAUCAAUCAUAGAUUUGUUGGCCAACUUGGUACAAAAUAUAUAUAUAAAUAUAUAUAUAUAGCAAUGGGUUUUAACCAAGUCAUGAAAGAUUUUAUUUAAUAGUUUUCGGUAAUUUAAGAAAGGAUGCAUGUAUAUUUUUAAAUUGACUAACGGUGCACGUUAUUUACGUAUUUAUUAAAUAGUGCAUAUUUUUUCA